AUGGAUCAGUCGACGACGCCACAAGCGCUGCCGCGUUCGCGGCCUCGCUCCAGCCAGACGACUGUAUCCGUCAACUGGGAGGACGCCGACUCCGUUUCACCGCAUCCUCGCAUCAAGUACGAGGUUGCCGAAUGCAUCGAAACAAAGACCAUCACCACUACUACGACUACGAAGCGUUCUUUCCCUCCCAUGUUUGUACGAGAACCUAGAUCGCUCACGUCUUUGGACUCGAAAGAGUAUCCACUCGCCCGCAAGCCAACGCCACCCGAGUUGGCCAACUUCACAUUCGAUGUCGAUGAGCACGGAGCACUCUCCUGGAUUGCGGACAGCGAACCUAGUCAUGAUGUUGGUUUCCUCCCAUCUAUAUGUCACCCUGAACCUGUCGUAUCCUUGAUUGCUAACUCGCUACGCCGGCAUCAUCAGUCCUUUCACUCCUUCGAUGAUUCUAUCGAAGAUGUCGAUGCCAAGACCGAAAUCGCAUAUCAAGUCCCCCGACAAUCCCACAAGAACCCUUCUCGCUUUGACAAUGCCCUUCACGAUGACCAGGACUCAAAUCCACGUCCCGGCUCACCUAGUGCCUACGAUGCAUGGCCGCGAGUUGGUGCCAAGGUGUAUCGUCAUAACCGAUCGCAUGCCAGUGCUGUUUCGAACAAACUGCGAAGAGCCAUAGCCCGUGGAAAACAAAAGGAGACUGCGCCUGAGAACGAAUCCAGGCAUGGAGGCCUUCCUAUCACUCCUGACACAUCCGAGCUGAGCGCGUCCUCGAGUCGCCCCCCUCUAAGGGUUCGGCGUUCACACCUAGACUCAUUUGAGACGCCCGAUGAUUCCGAACCGAGCCAGGUUCAGGCAGAGGAAUACUUCAACAUUGACAGCCCGUCUGGCAGUGAUUCCCAUACAGUCUUCAGCGGCAGUAAUGUGGCUACUCCCCCGGUUACUGCUGCCGACGCUGAAUUAUUCGUUGAUGCCGACGAGUCUCUGCAGCAGUCAAUUCGUGCUUUGCAACAUCCCCGCUCUAUCAACACUCUUGUUGCGCAGGAUGCUAGCCUCCCUAGUCCACGUCUAUCACCGACAUUACAAGCCGCCCACUUGCAUUCAAAUGGGCGCGAGGAGGACGACAAUGUGUCGCUCAUCACAAAUGACGACACUGCUGACGAGGAGGAAGACCCAUCGGCCCUCCGCGAAGUCACAUCCCGAGCACUACAACGCUUUGGAGCCACCGAAAUGGCGCGUUCUAGUCUGAUGAGUAGUCAGCAAAUGCUAGACACAUACGAGUCGAUGCCAGCCGAAAUGCAGUCAUUCAUGAUGUUUCAGCUGCUUCGCCGCUGUUCCCGAAAAGUACUUCACGUUGUUGCCGAUAUCGUGAAUCCUGCCUUGAAGUGUGAUGUUCUCAAAGAUCUUCCCCUAGAGUUGACGCUACACAUCAUUUCAUAUCUCGAAGUCCGCGAUCGGUGCCGUGCCGCUCAAGUAUCAAAGACGUGGCGAAACACCAUCGACAGCGAUGAAACAGGCUGGAAGGAGCUUUUCGACAGAGAUGGAUUUACCCUUCCCCCUGGUGAACUGGAACGAGCAAUCCGAGAAGGUUGGGGUUGGCAAGAUCCGGUUGGUCCGGAGGGCUGCGAACGCGACCUCAGUUUGCAAAAUCGCCUCACGGCCAGUGAAGCAGAGCUGCGUGCGUCGAAACCAGAACCCCCGGCACAGAAAUUGCGGAGUUCUAAGCGUAAGAGAACUUUGACUCACCUUGGACAUGACCGCUACAAGCGGCGUGCGAGUGCUCAGGACCAUGUCGUCCGAGCAAAGGAGCAGACUGAAGAGGGAACCUCCGAGGUCAAGAUGCACAAAUCUGAGGGCCCCAAUUCGGCUGCUAAUGCCGCGGCCCUCGCUGUGCCCGAACCACUCAUUGGCCUUUCCAGUCUUCGCAAGCUUCACCUCUUCAAGUCCCUGUAUCGACGCCACUACAUGAUCCAGAAGAGUUGGACCAGUGGCAAAGUAAAACCGAGUCACGUCGCUUUCGCUGCUCAUCCACGACAUGUCAUCACCUGCCUUCAGUUUGAUGAAGACAAGAUCAUCACCGGUAGCGAUGACCAGCUUAUCCACAUUUAUGACACCAAGACCGGUAAACUGCGCAAGAGGCUAGAAGGACAUGAGGGUGGUGUCUGGGCUCUGCAGUACGAAGGCAACAUUCUCGUAUCCGGAUCUACGGACCGCUCUGUUCGCGUGUGGGAUAUCGAGAAGGGCCUAUGCAGUCAAGUCUUUUACGGACACACUAGUACUGUCCGUUGCUUGCAGAUUCUUAUGCCCAAGAACACAGGCAAGAUCUCCGAAGAUGGCUCGCCAAUCAUGAUGCCUCCAAAGCCAUUGAUUAUCACCGGUUCCCGAGAUAGUCAGCUGCGUGUCUGGCGUCUGCCGGAACCCAACUCUCGGCGAUACAUUCAGACUGGCCCGCCUGCAAAUGAUGCGGACUGCCCAUACUUUAUUCGCACACUGCACGGCCAUACCCAUUCAGUUCGUGCCAUUGCGGCCGAUGCUGACACUCUUGUCAGUGGCAGUUACGACAACACAGUACGUGUUUGGAAGAUCAGCACGGGAGAAACUGUUCACACACUCACUGGUCACACUCAGAAGGUGUACAGUGUUGUGCUGGAUACAGCUCGUAACCGCUGUAUCUCGGGCAGCAUGGACAGCUUUGUCAAGAUCUGGGACUUGGAGACAGGAGCUUGUACUCAUACUUUGGAGGGCCAUACUCUCCUAGUCGGUCUCCUAGACCUCCGGGACGAGCGCCUGGUCUCUGCAGCAGCCGACUCGACCCUGCGCAUUUGGGACCCAGAGAGCGGCCGCUGCCAGUCUACACUUACGGCUCAUACUGGUGCUAUUACCUGUUUUCAGCAUGACGGCCGCAAGGUCAUUAGCGGCAGCGACAGGACUCUCAAGAUGUGGGAUAUUCGAACAGGAGAAUGUAUUCAAGACCUGCUCACAGACCUUAGUGGCGUCUGGCAGGUGCGCUUUGAUGAGCGACGAUGCGUUGCUGCUGUGCAGCGUGGGUCACUCACAUAUGUCGAGAUCCUUGAUUUUGGGGCUGUCCGUGAUGGCAAGAGCCCCGAAGAGCUCGGAAAACGCAUUCUUCUCAACCCUUCCGAAGUUCAGAGACUGACGGCAACUGAUAAUGACGAUAAUUAG